AUGUCCCCAUCUGAACAUCUCUUGCUGUUUUUUGAGGUGUACGAUUUUCUUUGGUUCACUCAGACUCUUACCACUUUAGAGUUGAUGAAACAAACACAUAGUCUGCUCUUGAGUUUGACUCUUCUGAUCGUUUGCGCUUCUUCCCAGUCUAUUCUUGAUAACUUUCCGACCUGUGCUGGUGUAUCGCGGCCGUAUUACCAUCCUCCUGCACCGAUCCAUCCUGCAUCUGCGACUCUCAAUCUUCUAUCUCAUAUAUCAGUUGUUGUAUCUCUGGGUCUUGUGAUUCUUCGGACCAAGCAACAAUCAUAUCAUUGGCAAAAACAUUCGUCCACCUCAAUAUCUAGCUCGGCCACCUCAACAUCUAGCUCGGCCACCUCAACAUCUAGCUCGGCCACCUCAACAUCUAGCUUGGCCACCUCAACAUCUAGUUCGGCCACCUCAACAUCUAGUUCGUUCAGCGGCACCAAUUCAUCGAACACCGGGUUAUCCAGCAGUACCAAACUAAUCAUCUCACUAUGUACUGUGUUCGGCUUCAUCCUCCUCUUGACCCUGAUUGCCGCCGUCUAUUUUUACGUGAAGCGCCGUCGUCGCCAAAAUCCAGAAAUCAGCGUACCUGAACCACCGCCACUAGAAUACAUUGGCAAGCCCGAAUUAGCAACUGGACCUGUGCAGGUAUAUGAUGUACCGGGAGUCCCCGACACAGCCACUGAGCUAGGCUCCGAAGUCCAACAGGUGCAUGACCGUAUUUCUACUCCUAAUCUGUCUGAAGAUUAUGUCCGUCAUACACGGAUACAACAGAUGGCUUCUCUCACAUCAACAAUCCCGGAGUUGGAUGGUGCUAGGUUUUGCGGUUACUGUGGUAAAGAAAGCAGGACUCGAUUCUGCAAACAUUGUGGUAAGCAGCGCAUGCUGACCACAUCCGAAAUACAUGCACCUAUUGCACUGCGUCAUGACACAGGCAGAAGCUACUUAAGGUUAGACUAUGGUAACGACAGCAAUCUCACAUCUCAAACUACAAGGCAAGGUUCUUUGGUCACUACUUCGCCUGAGAUUGGCGAUGACCUGAGUGGAUCCCAUACGCUGUCACUAGACCCGCCAAAUGUGCUGGAAAUGCCAGCUGUCACAAAUACAGCCAUCGAUGCACCACCACGUUCAGUAUCCAAUGAAGGGACGGCAAAUGCUGCACUGUCUAGCAAUGCAUUUCAAGAACCGGCAGAGUUGCAUGCAGACUCCAACAUCCAUAAGAUGGAGGAAGUAGCACUGGAAAUGGAGAGUCGCGGUGAGUAUACGGCGGCCGAGGAUAUGCGCCGGCAGAUAGUGCAAUGGAGGAGCAAAGAGCAAGGCCCCGAGCAUCUAGACACCCUCUCCAGCAUGUAUCGCCUUGUGCUGGUGUUUGACAAUCAGUGCAAGUAUAAAGAAGCCGACGACUUAUACCGGCAGGUUCUAGCACUAACAGAGAAGGCGCUUGGCCCUAACCCUGGCAGUCCUAAUAUUGGUGAAAAACUUAUGCUUGAGAAAAAGUACGAGGUAGCCGAGCAGGUCGACCGGCAGGAAAUAGGGCUCAAUAUGAGGGUAUUAGGCCCGGGGCAUCGGUUCACUGUCCUAAGCACGGGUAACUUGGCCAAUGUGCUUAGAAUUCAGCGCAAGUUUAAGGAUGCCGAGGAGUCAUAUCAGCGAACGCUAAAGCUAAGCGAGGAAGUGUUCGGCCUUGACCAUGCUUAUACGCUCCAAAUCAUGAACAAUCUUGGUUUGGUACUUAGUAUACAGGACAAGAACGAAGAGGCCAGAGAGAUGUUUCGGCAGGCACUGGAAAGGACCAUUGGGAAGCUUGGUCUCGAUCACCCAGAGACCUUCAUUGCCUUGCGUAACCUUAAAGGAAUGCUUGAAAAUGGCGAAGAUGUCCUGAUGGCUGGGCAAAAUAUGGCGACGCUUUCAACAUUUGGCAGGGGAUCACCCAGUAGACGAUCAAGAGCAACUGUCAAGAUAAGUCGUAGACCAUAAUAUUGCUAAUAUUUGUUAAGAACUCGGCGAGAGAAUGUACUCAUGAGUCACGCCUAGAUGCUGAGGUUAAUUGACUGAUCAGUCUCAUAUUUUCUUCAUUUCCAUACUGG